GCGGACCCCCGACUGCCUUCAGCCCGCAGUCCCACCGCCUGCCAGGAGAUCUUAAAGGGGCCGCGGCCGCAAUCAGACGCUGAGCGGCUUGGGGAGGGGGUGGCUCAGUGACCCGGGCGCGGGGUUGAGGAUCCCAGUGGUCGAGCGCUGGAGGCAGGGCCCCAGCCUGUCGCACUCGCUGCACCUGCGGAAUGUCCCUACUGCUAGUUUCAGGCGCAGUUUCUCGAUCCACCAUUAGGGGGAAGGGAGCCCAGACCACUUGACAGCGGAUAAUCAUAACAAAUCUCACUUUGAUUCAGUGCUUUGCACAUGCCAGGGCUUUUACUCACCUCUCGAGUCGUCUUUGCCAAAACCCUAUAAGGUGCGCCCACAGCGCGGCCCCGCCCCCUUCUUGACUCCGCCCUCUCAGCGAGGCUCAGGUGCACAAGCCGGAAGUGCGCUCUCCCAGGUGAGUGACUAAACUUUCCGGGUCACGUGAGCGGGCGGAGCCGGUGGGGUCGGACCCACAGAACGACCGACGGACCGAGGGUUCGAGGGAGGGACACGGACCAGGAACCUGAGCUAGGUCAAAGACGCCCGCGCCAGGUGCCCCGUCGCAGGUGCCCCUGGCCGGAGAUGCGGUAGGAGGGGCGAGCGCGAGAAGCCCCUUCCUCGGCGCUGCCAACCCGCCACCCAGCCCAUGGCGAACCCCGGGCUGGGGCUGCUUCUGGCGCUGGGCCUGCCGUUCCUGCUGGCCCGCUGGGGCCGAGCCUGGGGGCAAAUACAGACCGCUUCUGCAAAUGAGAAUAGCACUGUUUUGCCUUCAUCCACCAGCUCCAGCUCCGAUGGCAACCUGCGUCCGGAAGCCAUCACUGCUAUCAUCGUGGUCUUCUCCCUCUUGGCCGCCUUGCUCCUGGCUGUGGGGCUGGCACUGUUGGUGCGGAAGCUUCGGGAGAAGCGGCAGACGGAGGGCACCUACCGGCCGAGUAGCGAGGAGCAGUUCUCCCAUGCAGCCGAGGCCCGGGCCCCUCAGGACUCCAAGGAGACGGUGCAGGGCUGCCUGCCCAUCUAGUUCCCCUCUCCUGCAUCUGUCUCCCUUCAUUGCUGUGUGACCUUGGGGAAAGGCAGUGCCCUCUCUGGGCAGUCAGAUCCACCCAGUGCUUAAUAGCAGGGAAGAAGGUACUUCAAAGACUCUGCCCCUGAGGUCAAGAGAAGAUGGGGCUAUUUACUUUUAUAUAUUUAUAUAAAAUUAGUAGUGAGAUGUAACAAAA